GCGACGAUUCGCGCGCUUUUUUCCUCAACAUUAUUUUUUCGGCGGUUAAAAAGUAGUUGGUCAAUCGCACGCGAAGGAAUUCGUAAAUAUUCAGACACAGUAUAAUCAAAAGAAAACAAUUAACAAAUGGACGUCGAUUUCGGGGCGGAGGCGGGGCGCUCCUAUCACACGGUGCAGCUCUCCGCCAAAGAAGUUUUAUCCGCGGGUCGCCGUCAGCACUAUUGCAACAUGAUUGACCUACUGGCUAGCAGCUGCAAGAGCUCCGGCCUGAUAGGCACCUCUUUCACGGAGGACGAGUUGGUGGAGUUCUGGCUGGGAGACAUCCUGCCACUGAUGUUUGAUGCCGAUAAAAAGAUCCAGGACUGCGCCGUGGCAGCUCUGGCGGAGGCUUUGGUGGCCCUUGACGUGUCCGCCAUUCACACGGCCAAGUGCUGGCCCGAAAUCCGGGGAGAGUUCGUCAACAAGUACACCGUCUCCAUAGGACAGAUGCGCGACGCCAAGAACUCAAACUGGCACAAGAUUUGGACAUUGCUGGUUCAAAUUAUGGACGAAGAGCUGCUGCGGGGCUGUGUCUACAUCAACAAAUUCCUGGCUGUGGUGGAGAUGGGCUUCCGCAACCCCGACAACGGCGUCCGUUCAGAGGCCUUCCUUUGCUGGCGGGUGCUCAUUAAAAUCUUUGCCGCAUACGAUGAGUUGGCAUCAGGCAAGAGACUCCGGCUGCUCUUGAUACCCUUACGCACCUCACAAUCACGCUCUUCGCACGUCAGUGGCAUCAAGCUGCGCGUGUGGUGGUACUUGAUCACCUGCCUGGAUGCGGAACUGCCCAAAUCCUUUGAAAGUGCCGUGGAACACUUUCUGACCUUCGUUUUCGGAGGCGGACAUAAGAACCUGCCCACCGGGCUAGCCCAUAGCUAUCAGACUGCGCGGGAACUGGCCCUGCCCUGCUUGGUGGCCUUAUGGGACGUAGAACCCAGUGAACCGUUGCAGCGGCUUCUUAAAGAGCUCCGUCUGGAGUCCCUGCCUAAACCAUCGCCUCUUAUGACCACCGACGUCCUCCAACAGCAUUGGCGGCCUCUUUUGGCUGCUGCGGUUGCCGGAAUGAAACUGCUUACCCAGCACGAUGCCACCGAGGCGGAGCAGCUGCUUCUCCAGUUGCUGGUGCGCAACCUUUGCCUGGCCAUGUUCCGACUUGCUGUCGCGCCCUUUACUGUGGCCUGCUGUGGGGAGAUUGAGAAGAUACUGCUCUCGCCAGAUGCUUCCGGAGGCCGAGUGGCACGGGCCCUCUUCAACACCAUAGCCACCGAGAACUUGGCGAUGGAGCGCGUUUCUGCCAGUGACCUGAUUGAUGUCUUGGAGGCCUACCUCAAGCUGAUACUCAAGGCAAAAACGGAAGUUCCGGCAGCUAUAUUGCAGAGGAGCACCGCCAGCAUCUUCGCCCUGGAAGCUGCAAACCAAAACGAGUUUCGCUUGCUGGGAUCGUUCGCGGAACAUCUGAUGCAGGCCAACGACGAAGAGGACUUUGAAGGCUUUGCCGUGAAGCUGCUGGUGUGGCGUCAAGUUUCCCAAGCCCUGGGCAACUAUUUGCGGGGAAACGGGCUCGAGUAUCGCUUGCCCCACAACGCUACGCUGCUGGACUCCUGGCUGCUGUGGCCGCUCCAAACUCUCGCCGCCUUCGCCGGAAGACGCUCGAGCAACGCAUUCGAUUCUGUCUUCUGCGAGCAGUGGAAGCAACUUCUGAACGCCGGACAGAAUGCUCCCGAGCGAAGAAAAUUCUUGGCCGAUCUCAAGGGCUCUUUGGAGGAACUUCUCAAGAGCAAGGACGAACCGCUUUUCGCGGAACUGUUUGACGCAUACGUGGCCAAUGCCAUAAAGAUGGGCCUCUGCAAGGAGGCACCCCCCUUGUACAAGGAUAUUUUCGGGCUGCUUCAGACCGUUUUCCAGCACUCCUCCAACCAGCAGAUGCUUGAGGGCUGCUUGAAUACUCUCCGCAACUUGGUGCUCGAGCUGCGCCAGAACGAACUGAUGGUGGUCUUCGACAGCCUAAAGCCCACUCUAUCGGGUGGUAUCCAAUGCUGGACGAAGCUAAAAUGCGAAGGCAGUUUUCUGGACGACUGGAAGCGGGCCAUUCAAGAGAAGUUUAGGAAGCUUCCGAUGAAGAGCAUGGCCAACCAGCUGAAGGAUCUCUUCAAGGGCGACGAUCUGUUUGUGAUCAUUCCCUCCGUGUGGAGCCUGAACCCAGAAAAGCUAACCGAUCGGCAAAAGGAGCGCUUCGCCGAAAAGUCGGAUAUACCCGCUCUGUACAACGACAUGAGCCAGUCGCAGGAUUCGGCAUCCCUCAAGCCUUGGACGCCCAAAAAGGUGGUUAUUGCCAAGAGCAAGCAGGGCGAACUGGCGCUAACCGGCAAAGAUGACAGCGAAGAAAAGGUCGAGAGUGGCGAAUCGGAAAAGGAUCCGACUCCGCCUCCGCCGGCUACUGCAACUCCCAGUAGAAAGAGUUCUGGUCGCAAGACCCGGGCGCAAGCGGAAGGGGAGGCUACUACCAAAGCUGAAGAGACGCCCGUUCGUCAGACGCGCAAAAGGGCAGCCCAGAAGGAAGUGGAGCAAGCCGCCCAGAAAGAAUCAGAACCGCGUCAGCUGAGAUCUCCGAGGAAGAUGCCACCGCCGCAAUCGACGCCACAACCUACAACAGCAGCUGCCGGCAAGCAGACAAAGACCCCGAAAUCAACCCCCGUUGUGCAUCAAAGCGAGGACCUUUUCCCAGAAGACUCGCCUGUUCUUGAGCCAACUGAGGAAAGCAAGAAACCAGUCGAAAUCCAGCUAACGCCUCCGGAUUUACCAGUUGUGGACAUAGCACCAUCCACCCAAAUGGCAGCCAGCAUUACUGAAGCCCUUGCUCCUGUCCAGCCUCCAGCUGAAACCUCACCCAAAAAGCCCAGCACCCGUUUGUGCAACUUGAAUUCUCCACCUGACCGUAAGCAGACCAAUAACUCCUCCAGUCCCACCAUUCGACCAAAGCCCACUGGCCACUUGACGGGACGUGGAGCACAGCUGAUUAACAUGAUACGCAACAAGAAACUGGACGGUACCUCGGGCUCCCCAUACGCCUCUUUACCGAGCAGUGCAUCCCGCUCCUCCAUCCACCAGGCGACCCCCGCUCGCAUCCUAGACCGCGCCGAACAGGUGUCUACGCCCACCAGUGAGCUGAACGAGUUAACGGGCACGGAGCACACAUCAACGCCGAUUCAAGCACCGCCCUCCAAGGAUCUUCUGGUGUUCUCCAAGCGACUUCCAUCGCCCUCGGCUAGCCCCUCGGUGAGCAUCCUGAAGCGAAAACUGCGCUGCGAAAGCCUUGACGAUGUCACCUUGGAUUCGCCGGCGCUCAAGCGCAAACGAGUUAGCUUCCACGAUCCACCCGUGUCCGUAACCAAGGAGUACCUGAGGGAUGUGGAGGAGACGCGCAGUGGCAGUACGAGUAGCAGUGGUCUCAAGACCAAGCGCUGCCUGUUGAUGGACAAGGUGGCCCAGACAUCUGAAAUGCGGCAGGCUCUGAGGCGGCGGGGACGCCUGGACAGCAUCAUCGAGAUAGAGCGCUUUGCCAGCGAACAGACGGCCAGGACGGCCACGGCAGACAAAUCUUUGGACAAGUCGGGUGAUGCCCCUGCUGACGAGGACGCCUUUACCAGCUUGAAGUGGAACGAAACAACUGCAGGAGCUAAUCUCGAUGGAACUGUAAAGAUUCACGAGGUGGAAAUGGCAGUGGAACCAGCUGUUCAGGAUCUGGCCGUUUUGGAUGCGGACGCUGCUCUGGAUCUGGUGGUGGAACAACAGCCUCUGGAGACUGUUCUGCAGCGCUACUUUGACAAGGGCCAACUGAAAAGUGCCGGGACCUUGGCCAAGUUCCUGUCUGGCCAAAUGAGUACCAACGACAAGCUUAAGACCAAUGUUCUAGAGACGCUGUCUGAGAAUCACUCAAAGGACUUUCUGGACCAUGCGGUUCGCGAGAACCUUUCCUCGGUGGUUUGCGACCGGCUGAAUCCCAACUCCGUCCUGGAGUAUGUCUGUGCCAAGUCGAAGAUCAGCAACAGCUGCCGCAACGGGCUACUGGCACAGGUGCCCGAGAUCCUCAACAGCGGCGGGCCGCGCUCCGGGGCUGAGAGAAUGGCCUUCUUCCAACAGCUUCUGAUUGCGUGCAGUCCCGGGGAUGACCAGCUGCUCGACCUCAUCGAUCUCCUGAUGCGCACACGCCGCGACCGGAACACCGCCUCACAACCUAUACCCAAGCCCGGCGGCAUCGCCUCCGUACUUGGAACCAUCGACAACGUGGCCGAAACCGCGGCUGACUCUUCGUCCAACCUGUAAUCUGGAACUGCCCCCGGAAUGACAUUUUACUGGCCAUCGAUGAUACAUACAUAUAUUGUUUUUAAG